AUGUUUAAUGAUCAAAAAUAGUUAAAUAGAAACUCAGAAAGUUAAGGUCUUCUUAAGCUGAAAACUGAUGAUUAAUUAAAAUAGAAAGCAAAAAUUAAAGCAAUAUUAAAAAGCUAUGAAUCUUUGAAAGAAUGGUCAGAUUUAGGAUAGGUAAUUAAAUUGGAAUAUUAUAGUGGUUACUGAAAUUGUAAGCUUUUUUUAAAUCAUACCAAGGAAGUUAUAUACCAAAGAAAAAAUUAUUAUGCAAAAGACUAGCUUAAUGUUUGAGUCCAAUUUGGAACAAAGCUAUUCAUGAAAAUACUUUAACUAUUUAUGAUUUAAUUUUGCAAAUACUAUGUUCAGAUUAAGAGUAUGAUUUAAUUUAGGAUUUACCUUUAUUUUCACUUGGUCUAUUUCCUUUUUUUGGAUUUGCAUCUAUUUAGUGCAAGCCUAUGUUUUUAAACAUUCUGGAAAAAUAUUAUUAUCCUUUAAAGAGAGAAUUACUACCCUGUAUGGGAGGAUUAAUAAAUUCGAUAAUUGUUGGUAUGGAGGAUACAAAUGAGGAUAUGAUGAAAAAGGUAAUUGAUAUUAAUAAAAUAAGGUUAUGACAUCUCUUGAUUAAGCAUGUGAAAGUGUAGGAAUAAAAUAAUUUUUUGGAUUGCUUUGGAUUACUAUAAUAAGAUCAGUUAGAAGUAGACAAGGAGUAUUUAAAUAUCUAAUGAAAAGAUGGACAAAAUAAUAGUAAAUUGAAAUAAAUGAAAAUGAAAUUAAAGAAGAUGAUAAAAUGCCAAAUAAAAGUGCUUUAGUUUUAAAUGCUCUUUUGAUUUCAUUAGAAGAUGAAUCUUCACUUGUAAAAAGAGCAGCUCUAGAUUUUAUGUGUUUAUAUUGCAAAAUUUCAGAUAAAAUUUUUUCAUAAUAGGAGUAUACAAUUCUAAUCGAAUAAGCCUUAUUAUUAUUUUAAAAAUAAGAUCAUGCUGUAAUUAGAAGAAUUAAUAAUUGGUUAAUUGGAGAAGAAGAAUUGACCGAUAAAAAUAAUAAUAUACUUUAUGUAUAAGAAGGAUUAAUGAGAAUUCUAGUUGAAGAAUAAGGUGAUCCAUUAAAAGUGUUGUAAAAUUGGUAUAUGUAACAUCCAGAAACAGUCUAAUUAACUUUAUUUUAAAUUGGAUAUUCAUUAGCCAAAUAUAUUUAUUAAAAGACUGUUUCAUAUUAAAAUUUAAAUUAAGCUGAAAAAUUGUUUGAAUUAUAAAAAGGAGGGGAAAGACUUAUUGAAAGCAUAUCUAGUUAAAGCGAAUUAAUUAUAAAAUCUAUAUUUGAACAAUUGAAGAAAUUUAUGAAAGAUCAGAAAUAAGAUUAAAUAAGAGAAAGUAUUCUGAUUAUUGAUUUUUGUCUCAAUAAUUUAAUGAAAUCAUAAUUUUCAGAUCUAUCUAAAGUUGAUGAUCUAUAAUUAUUUUAAUAAAGAACAGAAUGUUUACAAGAAUUUAUUAUUAUAAUAAUUAAAGAGAUGAUGAACUUAACCUGUGAAUAGGUGUAUGAAUCUUCAAUUUCAUAAUUAUUAUUUGAAUAAACUGUAGAUUGUAUUAAUAAAAUAAGAAAAAGAUUGGAUAUUUUAGAAAACGAUAAAGAAAUGUAAUUUGUUUUAGGAAGUAAUUAUAAUAAAUAAAAUGAAUCUUUUAAAAAUUCUAUAUUAGCUUAAUUAAAUUAGAUAGAUAUUGAUAUUAUCUCACAAUAUUGCAGUUAUUAUAUUUAAAUUAAUGAAUAUUCUAUAAUAAAUGAAUAAGAAGCUUUAUUUCCAAUAGUAUCACAGAUUUUGUUAAGAUCAUAAUUAUAUUUAAUGAAAUAAGGAGAUUUUUAAUAUAAUGAAAUCCCAAGCUGGAUUCAUUAACUAUUUAAAUCUUUAGAUAAAGGUACUAAUAAAAUAAGUUUAUGCUCUAUUUAAAUUUUAAUUGAAUUGCUAAAGUCAUCAUAAUUUCAUUAAAAUAUUUAUCUAUUGACUGAAAUGAUAACAAAAAACAGUUAUUCGAAUAUUGAGCCAUUUCCAUAGAUUUUAUCAUUAUGCAUGGAUAAAAUUUAAACUAAUUAUUAAAUUGAAAAUAAUUAACACAAUUAUAUUAAGUAAAUCUUUGAAAAAUUAUGGAUACUCCUAGAUUAAAAUUAUCAUGAUUAAAUGAUAGUUGAAUUUAUUUUGUACAUUACAGAAAACUUUUAACAUGUUUUUGUUUAUGUGAUUGAAUAAUCUUUAAAAUAGGGUGAUCAAAGAAGAUUUUAAAUAUAUUGUAGAAUUACAAAUAGUUAUUACAAAAGACAUCCUAAAGAGAAUACUGGAGUUGGAAUCAUUUAAAUGUUGAAUUUUUUGAAUAAUGAAAAUCCUUUAAUUAGAUAUAAUACAAAAACUUGGCUAUCUGAGUCUGCUCCUUUUUUUUUUAGAAUAUUGGAUCCUAUUUUAUUAAGGUUAAUCAAUUUUAAAAAUGAUAUUGAAAAUAAAAAUGAGUUCUCAUUUGAUUUAGCAGUUGAUUCAAUUAAAAAAUUACAAUCUUUAUAUUCAUCCAAAGAAUGGUUUUAACCAUAUAUUGAGAAAACAAAACCUACUUUUUAUGAGGAUGAUAAUAUAAAUACAUAUUACAAAUUAAUAUGCUUAACAUUAAUUCAAUUAAUUGUGGCUGAUUUUUAAAACUAAGAAUAUUAAAAAAUAAAUGCAAUAAGUGCAGAGCUUUUAGAAAUUGUUAUAAAUAAUACAAUAAAUGAAAAAAGUAAAACUUAAAUCUUAAUCUAAUAUUUCAAUAUAAUCUUAAAUAAGUUUGAAUAAGUUAUCAGAAGUAAAGAUUAGGUUUUAUAAUUAUAACUAUUAAAUUUAAUUAAAGUUUUCUUGCUUCAUACAUAUGAGUUAUAAAAAGAUUUAUCAUCAGAAAAUAAAUAAAAGUUAAUAGAUAUUUAUGAUUAACAACUUUUUUUUGACAAUCUUGUAUUUGGUCUAAAACAAGCUCAAGUUUAUUAUCUGAAAUAAAGAUAUUUAAACACAAUAGUUGUUGGUAUAUAUUCAAUAAGCUAUUUAUUACCUCCAAAAAUAAUAAAUGAAAAAAUCAUUUUAAUAAUAACAUCAUUGUUAUCAUUAUUAAAAUCAUGUGAAUAUAAUACUAAUUAAAUUGUAAAAUCAUUUAGACGAAUUUCUAAUGUAAAGAUACUAAAAAAUUAGAAAUCUGAGUAUAAUGUUAAUAAUUUCUAAUAAAUUAAUAUCUAAUAAUUAAACAAUGAUCAACCUUAAAUCAAAACAGCUUUAUCUGGAGAUGAUUUUGAAGAAGUAAUGUCAUUAUCUAAUUCUAUCAGAGCCAUAAUUUGUUAUUUUUUCUAAUUUAAGUAUGAUUCAAAAGAGAUUGAUUAAAGACCAAAUGCAGCAGGUGUUUUAGUAGAUUUAUUUACUUUAAAUCUUUUUUUUAAAAAGACUGAUAAAACAUUAAAGUCAUAAAAAUAGCAAGAACAAUUGUAAUUUGAAAACUUUCCAGACACUUGUCAAAUGUUAUUAAAAUUAUUUCCAUAAAUUAUAUAAUCAUAUUUGGAAUGUUGGAGAUGUUCAUUAAAAUGGGAUCAUCUUUUUACAAAAGGUUGUAUUGUUUAUGAAUAUGAUAAAUUUGAUUAAUUUAACAAAUAGUUAAAAGAUUAAUUAUCUAAACAGGAAGAAGAUUACUCUGAUGAAGAUUAAAUUUAAUAAUCAAUUUUAUAAUUGUUAAAACCUAGUUCAAUUCAUUUUACUUCAACCUUAAUUUAAUCAUUUUUAGUAAUAUGGUAAAAUGAAUAUUCUGUAAAUUUUUAUGCAGAUCCAAAAAUUAAUAAUAAUAUGUGUAAAUUGAUUGAAAUAGCAAUUACUCUUCAAAUAUCUCCUGAUGAUUUUGUUGCUGCUUUUAUAAACACUUAAUAAGUCUCAGGGAUUAUUCAAUAUUACCAAAAAAAUAAAUAUAAAAAAGGACCAUAUUAAUUCAACUAUGAUUAAGCAACCUUUGAGAAUGGUAUAUUAUUUUUUUUAUAUACUUAUUUUUCAUCAGUAUAAUUUCAAAAUCUAAAAAAUAGAGAAUUGAUAAAAUUAUGGAAUUGUUUUCUAAUGUUUUCAAAGUCAUUACUAUAAUCAAGACAUAUUAAUACUAUUUGUUUUUUAUUAGAAAUUAUUCAUUUAAUGUCAUGGAAAUUUUCUCCCAAAGAUGUUUUAGAAGAAUUUAGAAAAGAUUUACAUACGCAAUUAAGAUAGAUUUUAGUAAUUUUAGCUGAAAUAGCAUCAAUGUAAUAAUAAUAUAUUACUUUUACAUCAUCAUCUCUUGAAAAUUUUCACUAAACUCAAUUCGAUUAAAAUUUAUAGCUUAUUGUUCCUUUUACUCCAACUAUUUUUGAACUAUAUACUGAAUAUUUUAAAUUAAGAUAAAAAGAUGUAGAAAAAACAGAAGAAGGAUGGAAUGAAUAUUUUGUUUAAAGAAAUUUAUUUGAUCCAUAUCAAUAGAAAGGCUUAUUAUUAGAAGAAAAAGAUUUUUCAAAAAAAUGUUCAAUAAUAGCCUUAAAAACAUUAAAACGUUUAUCUUAAGUAACCUUGAUAAACACUUAUGAAGUAUCAAGAGGUGAAAGAAUAGUUGAAAAUACAAAAGAAUUUAUGACAUUGAUAUUUCCAUUGAUUGAGGAUAGAGAAAAUUAAAUUAUAGUUGAAUCAGCUUCAGAAUUAUUACAUUCUAUACUAAAACUUUCAAAAGAUUAACUUUCUUAAAUAUUUUUAAAUGAUAUUUUAAAUAUAUUCAAUAAAUAAGACUUUUUCAAAUGUACAGGUCGAUGCCUUAAAUUCUGGACUGAAAUAAUAAAUAUAAUAUCAGAUAAAACUGAUCUGCUAACAGAAUAAUUAGGAAAUAAUUCUAAAAUCUUUUAAGGGUUUACUGGAUUGUUUUAGAGCAAAUCAGCAGAAAUACUUAAAAAAACAAAAGGAUUUGAGAGAGUUUGUUUUAUAAUAUAUUCAGGUGGAGUAGAUAAAUAUUAAUCAAAAUUAUCAAGCUUAUUAGAUGCAAUUUUAACCGUUAUAAAAGAUAUUAACUAAUAGCAUGAAGCAAUUACAAUCUUAAUUAUUUUUUGUAUCAGAAUAUUGGUAUUAAGAUUAAGUUAAUCAUCAUUAACCUAAGUAUUUCGAAAAAUAUGGCCAUAUCUAAUAAGCAUGCUAAUUUAAAUAUUUGAUAGAAAGGGAAAAUAAGCCAAUCCAUAUUUAUUAAUAUCAGGAUUAAAACUUAUUGAAUUAUUCUCCUUAUUUCAACUAGAAGAAUUCUACUUUUAUGAAUGGAUUUUUGUUUUUGAUUGUAAUAUUUAUUCAUAAAAAUAGAUUUUGGAAUAACAAUCAACUUUUAAAAAGAAGAGUAGUAAUAAUAAAAAGUAAAAAUUAAUACUCCAUAUAAAUUUAUACCUUAUAUGGCUUAUUAAUUUCCUACAACAUCUUUUUAUAAUGUUGAUUAUGAAAAUAAAUUAUAUCCAGAUCAAUAUUAAUAAAACUUAUUUAAAAAAAAGCGUUUAGUAAAAAUUAAGGACAUUUAAGAAUUUUAAGUAUUGAAUAUUUCUAUAUAUUUUAGGAAUUUGAAUCUAAAUUAAGGUAGCAAGCUUUGUAUUUAUGUUAGCAUUUAAUUGAUAUAAAUUAAUAGAGAAUGGAAGUUAAUCCAUAAUCAUUAGAGGAGAUUAUAGAAGCUGAAUUUAUAAGUUUAGAUGAUUAUAUUAGUAGAAUUUAGUGA